GAGUAAUUAGCCCUCGAACGGAAGAACCGGACACGAUCAGCCGGAGGUAAACGCAGCCACCACGAGAGCCAGUCCGCUAAACUCGCGCGGGUGGGCUAAAAGAUGCUCUCCGACACGAAGCCGCCAGUCGACGUGGGUUGCUUGAUGGAUCAAGGCCGGACGACACCGUGAAUAAUUUGCUAAGCCGGGGGCAAAUGUAACAUUCUCUUGUUGUCGGCUCUCCUGUCCAACGUGCCGGGGCCUUCUCUCCGUUCCCAGAGCCCCCUCGAUUAUUCUUUCGCGUUCUUGAAUCUGGGAGUUGUAAAUUCCUCUAUUUGCUUCGGAAAAGUUCGAUUUUGCUUUGCUUGGUCUUUUGGAAUUGGGAGGCGGAGAGAGAUUCUUUCGAUCAGAUGUCGGUGAUGGAGCAAUCGAUCUUGGCGGGUGGGAGGCUCUCGAAUUGGUGGGAUGAGAUCAACGAGUCGCGGCAGUGGCAGGAUGGGGUCUUCUACUUCCUCUGUGCCGCCUAUGCCCUUGUCUCCUCCGUCGCCCUGGUUCAACUGAUCAGGAUCCAGCUACGAGUGCCUGAAUUUGGUUGGACGACACAGAAGGUUUUCCAUUUUAUGAACUUUAUUGUAAAUGGAGUACGUGCUAUUGAGUUUGGAUUUCAUGCUCAAGUAUUUCUUUUUCGGCACAAGGUAUUUACUUUAGCUCUAUUAGAUCUUCCUGGUUUGUUGUUCUUCUCUACGUACACAUUGCUUGUCCUGUUCUGGGCAGAGAUAUACUAUCAGGCAAGAAGUCUUGCAACAGACAAACUAAGGAUCGUAUACAUCUGUGUUAAUGUUGUAAUUUAUGUUAUUCAGUUUUGUAUCUGGAUAUACCUUUGGAUAAAUGACAGCAACAUAAUCGAGUUAAUUGGAAAGAUCUUUAUAGCAGCGGUAUCCUUUAUAGCUGCAUUGGGCUUCUUGCUUUAUGGGGGCAGGCUGUUUCUCAUGCUAAGGCGGUUCCCAAUUGAAUCAAAAGGGAGGAGAAAGAAACUUCAUGAGGUUGGAUCUGUCACAGCUAUAUGCUUCACCUGCUUUCUUGUACAAUGCUUUGUGGUUGGGUUAUCUGCAUUUGAUGCAAAUGCAUCUCUUGAGGUUUUGGAUCAUCCCAUUUUGGAUCUCAUAUUUUACUUGAUGACCGAGAUACUCCCCUCAGCACUCGUUCUUUACAUACUCCGAAAGCUUCCCCCAAAGCGAGUAUCAGCACAAUACCACCCUAUCCGGUAGCAGGGAUCAAAGUAGCACUAUGAGCUUGUCGUUGGGACGAUUGAACUCAAAUUCUGUUCCAACAUUGUGGCAUUUCGAAUACCUGAAAAGUUCGGUCGGAUAAGGUCGGAUAAGAGGCGAUUGAACUCAAAUUCUGUUCCAACAUUGUGGCAUUUCGAAGCCCUGAAAAGUUCGGUUGGAUAAGAGGCUCAAGGCUAUCAUUUUGCGUGCGUACUCCGUGUUUAUAGUUUUCCAAGUUGUUUUGCGUGCGUACUCUGUGUUUAUAGUUUUCAUUGUAGCACUAUUUGCGUGCCUACUCCGUGUUUAUAAUUUUCCAAGUUGUUUUGCGUGUACUCCGUGUUUAUAGUUUUCCAAGUUGUAGGAACUGACCGGUGACCCUCGUUAUGAAUGAUGAUGUUCUCAGAAAUUAGCUUUA